AUUCAGAAAUCACAAUGAAUUGUUGGAUAAUAUUAAUCCUUGUAUGGAUUGAAUUUAGAUUCCGUGUAGAAUCGGUCGAAAUGAUUCCAUAUUACAAUGUUUUUAUUCCGACAAAUUCAUCACAGACAUUUCAACGUUGUCAAAUUGAUAUUCCAGUUUCUUCAACGGAACUCAAUUAUGAACCUAAAUUAGAUUUACAAACAAUACGAAAUGAAAGCUUUCAUGAAUCGAUUGAAUUUGGUGGUCGAUAUCGACCACACGGAUGUCAAUCAUUACAAAAUGUUGCCAUUAUUGUACCAUAUCGAAAUCGUAGCGUUCAAUUACAAAUUUUUAUCUAUAAUAUUCAUAAAUUUCUUUCGAAACAAAAUAAAGUUCAAUAUCAAUUGUUUAUUGUUGAACAAAAAGAUAUGAAUCAAUUUAAUCGUGCAAAAUUACUUAAUGUUGGUUUUAAUGAAGCAAUUCGUUGGAAUAAUUUUGAUUGUUUUAUAUUUCAUGAUGUUGAAUUAUUGCCAUUAGAUUUACGUAAUCUUUAUCUAUGUUCAGAUCAACCAAGACAUAUGUCAUCGAAUAUUGUACGAUUUGCUUAUUUUUAUGAACAACUUUUUGGUGGUGUUUGUGCAAUAUCGACAUCGAUUAUGAACAAUGUUAAUGGAUUUUCGAAUCGAUUUUUUGGUUGGGGUGGUGAAGAUGAUGAAAUGCGAUCAAGAUUAGUACGGAAAAAAUAUCAAAUACAACGUUUUCCAUCCGAAAUUGCUCGAUAUAUAAAACUUUCACAUCCAAAAGAUAAUUUGAAUGAUCCAAAUCCACAACGUUUUCGUUUGAUUAAAGAAAGUUAUCGAACAUCCGAAAAAGAUGGCCUCAAUAAUCUUGAUUAUAUUCUUCAUUCAAUUGUUGAACAUUCAUUUUAUGUUAUCAUAUCAGUUGAAUUUAAACAAAAUAAAAAUUAAACAAAACGAAACGAAACGAAAAACCG